CGGACAGCGCAGAGCGGUAAACGGGGAGAAGGGGACAGUACCUGGUACUGGAAGUCCCCAGGACGCACCGGGUAAGUGCCUACUGUUGCAGUAGAAGGGUGCGGGAUUAAGUAAGAGCGGAAUAAGAUGGGAGGGGGUGGCUCUAAAAAGAAAGAGGAAACGGAAAGACCGGGACCAUACCCGGGGGUUCCUCCUGAUAGCCCCCUCGGUAGAAUGUUUGAGAAUUGGGGAUGUGGAAGACUAAAAGGGAAACAAAAGAAAAAAAUGAUACAGUACUGUUUAAUUUGGUCGAAACAGCCGAUAGAAAAACCUGUGGUCUGGUGGCCGCGGCUUGGGUCUGAGGAGGAUUGGGUACGACAAGCCUUAAACAUUUACGUUAAUUCAAAACCAAAUGUAAAACCGGAAGAAAUUGCUUAUGCUUUUUGUUGGGCUCCCUGGCCAGGAGUAACAACAAGGAGUUUUAAAUUGGGCAUUAAAGGGGAGCGGAAGUGGGACCCACUCGAUCAUUUACCCCCUCCCUAUGUCCAGCCUUCUGCGCCCCUUGCGGGAGCAGAGGGAGGACGUGAAGAAAGUGAAAAAACAGAAGAAAUAGACCCGGAGAGGGAAGAGAGGGAUGUUAGGGAAAAAGCAAAAGCAAGGAUCGAAACAAGGAGUGUGACGGGAGCAGAUAAGAAAAAGAAAGAUGAAUUAAAAAAGGAAGAGGUACAGCUGUGUCCCCUUCGAGAGGUUCCAAUGGGAGAAGAACGGGGAGGAACAGGAUUUGUAAACGUCCCUCUGACAAGUACCGAAGUAUGAGGAUUUAAGAAAGAUAUGAAAACUUUAUUAGAAGAUCCAAUGGGACUGGCAGAACAGUUGGAUCAAUUCUUAGGACCUAAUGUUUACACUUGGGAAGAAAUGCAUGCGAUUAUGGGAACGCUAUUUUCUGCACAAGAGAGGCAAAUGAUACGACAAGCUGCAAUAUCAAUUUGGGGAAGGGAACAGCCGAAUGAGUUACCGGGGGACCAGAAAUUUCCAGUAAACGACCCACAGUGGGACAAACAAGCAGAAGAGAGAAGACGGCAAUAUCCCAUUGCCAUGGAAGGGAGGAGGGGAUUACAACCUGUAAUUGAGACAUUAGUAUCAGAUGGACUCCUGGAAGAAUGUAUGUCACCCUUUAAUACCCCCAUCCUACCGGUCCGAAAGCCCGAAGGCACGUAUCGAAUGGUUCAAGAUCUGAGAGGCUUAAAUGCGGUAGUCCAAACACGAUACCCGGUAGUGCCUAACCCCUAUACAUUAAUGAGCAAAAUACCUCCUGAACAUGAAUGGUUCAGUGUGAUAGAUCUAAAAGAUGCCUUUUGGAGUUGCCCGUUGGAGGAAGGUAGCCGAGAUAUGUUCGCAUUUGAAUGGGAAAAUCCCUUCACUGGGCGGAAGAAGCAACUCCGGUGGACCGUCUUGCCCCAAGGGUUCACGGAGUCCCCAAACCUAUUCGAACAGGUACUGGAGCAAGUAUUGGCUGGAUUCCAUUGUACCGAAAAGAACCAACUAUUACAGUAUGUCGAUGACCUACUACUAUCGGGACCAGCAGAGGAGGUAGUGCGAGACGAUACUAUAAGACUCCUGAAUUACCUAGGAGAAAAAGGAUUGCGGGUGUCCAAGAAGAAACUGCAAUUUGUCGAGAAGGAAAUAACAUAUCUCGGACACAGAGUCAGUAAAGGGCACCGCCAAAUAACCCCAGAAAGAAUAGCGGGAAUAACUAAAAUACCGCUUCCCAGGACAAAGAAGGAAAUAAGACAAUUUCUGGGCUUAGUGGGCUAUUUCCGGUUUUGGAUAGAGAAUUAUACCCCCCUGGUGAAGUUUAUGUACGACAAAUUGGCAAAGGAAGACCCGGGAAUAAUCAGCUGGACCGAAGAAGAAGAACAGAAGUUCAGGAAAAUAAAAGGGCAACUAAUUCGGGCCCCGGUAUUAACACUGCCAGCACUGGAAAAGCCCUUUCAGCUGUAUGCAACAAACAAUGAAGGAACUGCGUUAGGAGUACUAACCCAAGAAAAAGGAGGAAAGCGGCAACCUGUGGCCUUUUUAUCAAAAAUGUUAGACCCGGUAUCCCGGGGAUGGCCGACGUGCAUACAAGCCGUAGCGGCAGCAGCCGUACUAGUAGAAGA